AUGGAUGGCCUUCUAUAUCCACCACCUGGCGUGAGCCCCAAGGACGACGAAGCUGGAGCGGAGGGUAGUGUGGGGUUGGUACCUGCCAUCGGUCUAUGUCAGACAGAGAUACCUCCCCUCAAUACUACCCGAGCGAUGUUCGCAUACGAGUCCACCUCACCUGAAGAACUAUCGAUGGGCGAUGAAGCUGCCUUACACGUCUAUUCUAUAGAAGAAGAUUGGUUGCUGGUGAAGGUAGAAGGUGGAGAUGAGAAGCUUGGGUUUGUUCCUCGAAACUACUGUGAACCGCUAGACGCAUCUGCCGAAGUCGAAGUGGCAGAUGCUGCAGAUACCGCCGCGGAGGUCGAAGCCGCUCGACAAGUCGAGAGAGAGAAAGAACUAGCUGAGAAGCAAAGACAAUUGAAAUUGAAAGAUAAGGUGGAAACCUGGAGCAUCAGUGAAUUAGAUGGAAAGAAGAAAAAGAAAGGUACCCUGGGUGUGGGGAAUGCAGCUGUCUUCUUCGCCUCUGAUACUGAUAAAUCUGCCCCCGUCAAACAAUACCCUAUUACCGAUCUCACAUCCGUCUCGCAACCUUCAUCCAAAACCCUCGAUCUCUUAUUCGCUACGCUCGGUCAACCUCUCCAAUUCCACUGUGGUAGUUCAGACACCACUAAAGCCAUUCUAGCCAAACUUGAAAACAGUAAAGCUGCUGCGGGAGAAGCCCUCGAGCUUAUCAACGAAGCUAGAACAGGUGGAUACUCAUCAGCCGAAGAAGAAACUCUGCCACCACCCACUAGAAACGUUCCUCCUUCAGCCGCGGUCGCUGCCGAACCUAGAGGUGUCAGAUUCGCACCUGAAACUGCGCCAGCAACUGGACCAACUUCGUCUUCUGGAGGUGAAACAGCUACUGUUCAGUACGAUUUCGAUGCUGAUGGGGAUGAUGAGUUGACUGUCAAAGAUGGGGAAAUCGUCACGGUAGUAGAUAAGGAGAAUGAUGAAUGGUGGUUAGUCAGGAAUUCACGAGGCAAAGAAGGUGUCGUUCCUGCUGCAUAUGUGCAACUCAACGAUGGAUCUGCUCCUCAAGCUGCUGCCGAUGAACCUGAUAGUGAAGAUGAGAGGGAACGAGAGGCUGAAGCUGCAGCGGCACUCGAAGCUGAGCGACAAAGACAAGCUCGAGCUGCUGCUGAAGAGAGAAGAAGGAUUCAAGCUGCUGCUGAAGCUAGGAGAGAACAAGAGGAAGAAGAUCGACGAUUGGCUGAAGCCAUCGAGGAGGAACAAAGAGAAAAGGCCGCUAGAAAGGCUCUCAAGAGACAGGAAGAGGAUAGGAGAAGGAGAGAGGCUGAUGCUGAAGCUGCUCGAGAGAAAGCCCGAAGCGGUGGUUUACAACCUCCCAAGAUCACCAAAAGACCAUCAAACAACGAUGUGGCUGCCGCUGCUAGUAAACUUCCCUCUCGUGGUCAAGCUGCUCCCGCUAGACCUCCUGAAAAUAACAGACCAAAACCCAACCCCAACAGAAUCAGAACAUGGAGCGAUAAGUCUGGACAAUUCAACGUCGAAGCUGAGUAUCUUGGUCUCAACGGCAACAAAAUCCGUUUGCACAAGCUCAACGGUGUGAUUAUCGAAGUACCCGUGGAGAAGAUGUCUAGCCGAGAUAUCGAAUUGAUCCGACGCCAUGAGACAAAGAAGCGAGCGGCAACCUUGGAUGACGAUGAUGUUCCCCUCGGUCAAUCCAGUCGACGUAACGGUACACCAGUCCGAUCGACCGAAAGCGCCAGACGAGCUAUGCCAGCUGAAGAGCCCAUCCCUCCUGAAGCUAUGGCCAUGCCACCACCCAGAAAACCCCGAUUCGACUGGUUCGAGUUCUUCCUAUCAUCAGGCUGUGAUAUGGAUGACUGUACCAGAUACGCGUCGAACUUUGAGAGGGAUAGAAUCGAUGAAUCAAUUUUACCUGAAUUGGAAAGCAGUACUCUCAGAACAUUGGGCUUGAAGGAAGGUGAUGUAAUCAGAGUCAGAAAGGCGAUUCAAAAUCGGUUUGCUAAGAAGACACCUGAGCAACAAGCUCAGAUCGAUCAAGAUGCUGAAUACGCUAAACAACUGCAAGAAUUCGAAAACAGUGGUAGAAAAGGUACGGCACCUCAACCUCCUCCUGGCCUCUUCACUGGACCUGGUGGUAAAUUAUCGAAUAAUACUAGGCGAGGUAGACCUGAGAAGAAAAGUACCGGACCUGAGACGGUGGACGCUUCUGCAAUCGCUGCUGCAUCUGAUCAGUUGUCUAAGGCUACUAUCUCAUCACCACCCACUGCUCCCACGCCUCCACCAAUGACUGUAUCUCCUCCCCCAGUCAUCGAGGAGAAGAAAGCACCUGCUAUUGCCGGUUUCGAUGAUGAUGCGUGGACAAUCAAACCUACCUCCAAACCAGCUUCUCCCGCUCCGCCCCCACCACCGGCACCUCCUGCGCCUCCCAUAUUCCAGACUUCGCCUGCACCAGCUGCUCCCGCGAACAAUACCGAUUCCUUACUGGCUCAGAUCAAUGCCCUUCGCCCAGCUAGUACUGGUAUAUCUCAGAACAACACAGGUGGAAGUGGAUCGUUCGAUCGAGUUUCUCAAAUGGUCGGUCAACCUCGUGCACCUUCAGCCCCAGCGCAAAAUUACGGACUGGGUGUGCAAAAUACUGGUCAACCUAUGAACCAGCUAACGGGUUUCCAACAGCAGCAACAGCAAUCGCCCCAGAACACUGGUCCAAGAGGUCCCUUAGCACCUAUACCAGCCAAUGCAGGCUUGCUGAACCCUAUGCAACCUCAAGUAACUGGAAUGUUUGUACCUACAAGAGGUCUAUCACCUAUGACUGCUCAACAGACUGGGUUCCCUCAACAACAGCAGCAGCAGAUGAUGCCUCAACCUACGGGAUACCAAGCUGGAUUCCAACAAGGGUACGGUGGACAACCUCAACAGAUGGCUAUGCAACCGAACUUCACAGGAUAUCCAGGUGUGAUGCAACAACCUCAACCACAAUCUUCCUUCAAUGCGAUCGCCAAUAUGCCACCCCCUCAGCCUCAACAGACCGAACAGAAUAAAUUUGCUCCUUCGAAUAUCUUUGCAGCUAUGAAGCAGUCUGAUUUCGGUAAACCUGAGGAGCAACAACCGCAGAAUGCCAACAAAUACGAUGCCCUUCGACCGCUUACUACGGGUUACAAUGGUGCACCCUCCCAGAUGAUGCCUCAACAAACUGGAUUCGGUGGUAUGAUGCCUCAACAGACUGGAUUCGGUAUGAUGCCCAAUAUGACAGGAUUCAACCCUAAUAUGAUGGGUAACGGAUAUAUGGGACAACAAGGUCAAGGAGGACAGCAGAACCCUUAUGGAUAUAGAUAG